AUGAGAACCAUCAUUGUUUGUUUAUAUUUUGGGCUGUUAAAUUCAGUUGCCCUUGGUUGGAAAGAUGUCCAUCUUCCUAUGGAGAAAGACAAAAAGACUACCAGUGAAGUUCCCAAACCAUGGAUCCGUACUAUUUAUUCUUCUAAAAAGGAAAUUGUUACUCCAACAGUUAUUGGAGGAGUCACUUUCUCUAAGAAACCAUUACCUACACCUGAUCCAUUGGAACCUUGGAUUUCUCUAGAAAAAGAUGGUUCACCAAAGACCAUCAAACCAGAAAUUAAGAAUGGUAGAACUAACAGGGCUAGUCCAACUUAUAAUACAUACUUCCAAACAUUGACUACAAAGACCUAUUCCUAUGAAGAGUUGAAGGCCCACAACAUGGAUCCAAAUGAUGUAUAUGAAGAAGAAGUCUUUAUUGAUGAAGAUGAUACUUAUACUUCUUUAAACCCCAUUAUAAGGUGUACUCCAGAUCGUUAUUUUAAAAAGGGUUUAGCUAAAGAUAUUUCAAGUGAACCAUUCUGUACUCCAAGAGAAAAUUCAGUAUGGAAGGUUGGUAAAACUUAUUUCAUCACUUGGUACACACAUUUCUUAACUGACGAAAAUUCCGAUAAGGUGUCAGAAAACGUUCGUAUUCAUCUUUCUUAUGUUAAGGAAAAAUUAACAGAUAAAGGUUACAAUAAAAGAGAUCUUUCUGCUACUUUUUUUUCUUCUGAAUGGGUUAAAAAUGUGGAUGGUGUUUUCCCAAUUACUAUCGAACAAGAUUGGUUACAAGGGUAUUUUGAUCGUAAAAUUGUGGUUUCAGUUCAACCAUCACAUAUCUCUGAUGAUAAUUUCGAUCCACUGGAGAAUGGUGUAAUGACACAUAUCAUGUUAGGGUCUAAAGUCGCUAAGCAAACUGAAGAGGAUAGAGUUCGGAUAGAUGCAGUCAUAUAUGAUCAAGAAUGGUAUUAUGUUGCUUUAACAAUUCCAACUGUGGUUGUUGUCGCACUUGUCGUGAUGUACUUCUUUUUACAACUGACCAGGGGUGAUAGAGAUAUUUCAGAUGUUACAAGAGAUGUUUUAUCCAAAAAGCAUCGUGUUCUAGGUACAUUUGCAAAGAUGAAGAAAUAUAAAAACAUAAAGAACCACAAAUAUUCUGAAUUACCAAAAUAUAAUAAAAAAUCAACGAAACAAACUUAA